AUGAAAGACGAAACUGAAACAACAACAACAACAGCAGCAGCAGCCACAGAUGCCACGGAUGAAGUCAAGGCAAGAGACCAAGUAUAUCUUAACCGACUAGAGAACGACAUCAAGAGGGUGGAGGAACAUCUUAGACAAGCUGACGCGGCAGUAGCUACGUUUGACCAGGAUUUGCAUGAAUCGUCAUCAAUUGAGAAAAGGAUUAUCGCGCUAUACGAGACUUACAAGACGAUUCCCUAUAAGCUGGAGAAAAAUGACACCAUUGCAACCGCGGCGAGUGCGUCGAUUCUUGAGGAUAUGAUUGAUGCAAAGAGGAAGCAGCUAAGCGAGAUUGAAGAGGCAAAAGAAUCUUGUUACGAUUUUGCAGCCAUGGUUCAAGAACUAACAAGGAUUCGCGACAGCAAGUUGCGGGAGAAGAAGACGUUGCAAAAAUGGGUAGUAGCGGAAGAAGAAGUUUCCUCGACUGGAAAAUUGUUUGCCGAAUCAAAGGAGAUGGCACACCAGCUUCAAAUGUACUUGAAAAAAGUCUUGAUCCAGUACAUGGCCGUGGCCGAUUCCGUUUCAGGCACAGUAAGUGACCAGUCAGGGCUUCAGCAGUCUCUUCUGGAGCUCGCCACCAUCUUUAACCAAUUGGUCAAGACAAACGCAGCCCCAGUCAAAGUUCCGCGCGAGUACGAGUCAAUUUUUGAGAUUUUGGAAGCUAGCAAUCUUGUGAUACGCGAGAAUGAAUACAUCAAGCUUGCAGAUCUUGAUUGA